AAUCUACUUAAAUAUGACUUUUUUUCUUUUAAUCAUGCUACAGUUAUAAAUUUUGUUUUACAGGGGCAACCUAGAGCUAAAAGACUUGGUUCUUUGACAUCAUCUUUGAACACCAUUAAAUUGAAUUCAUCCUACAAAAAAACCACCAUGGAUCUUCUUUCAGAAGGUCUCAACAAAAAAGUUGCCAUUUUUGGAGAAGUACUUUUUUUCAUUAAUCAUGGGGAUGCUGCUCCAUUGUACUAUUUGGUAUGUGAUUCAAGUCAAAUAUGCUGCAUGCUUUCAGUAUAUGGCAUGCGUAAUGAUUCGAUUAAAGAAGGAGAUCAGCUUACACUAUUGGAACCAUAUUAUCGUUAUGUUGAUUUUACUUGGAAGGGGAAGCAAUGUUACCAGUUCAAAUCAAUUCGUGUGGAUUUCUUGGAACAAGUGCUUGUAAAUGGAAAAGCUCCAUCUCCUCUACAAGCAGUUCGUACCUCAAUCUUUGCACAACAUAAAGCAUGAUACCUCUUCUAUUGUUUCAAUCAGAAUGUUUGUGAAUUUAUCUACUGAAAAAUUGGGGUUUGGGUGAUCCUCCGCAUGAUUUGUAAGCUGCAUGAUUUGUAAAUAGAUUCAAGGAUGAAAGGGAAAAGAAAAUGAUAUCAUAGUUUUCCGCAAAACAAUUACUACUCAUGGAGAACAGAAGAUCCUGCUUUUUGGAGCACGCAUUUGUUUGAUUUUGUUAAAACACGUGUUCUGGAGCUACAUCUGUUUUUGUAUGGCUGAAUUCUUCUGUCUUCAUCUACCAUAUGAAAUGCCAUUGUGUA